UCCAGCACGACAGAGGAUGCUGUCCCAGCUCCCCAGCAGGGGGACCCAGCUGCUGCAGCACCCAGCCCCAGCACCCCCCCAGGGGAACCCAUGGAUGUGGAAUGUCCCAUCUGCUACCAGGAGUACAACCAGUACAACAAAUGUCCCCGGUUGCUGGAGUGUCUCCAUGUUUUCUGCACCGAGUGCCUCCAGAGGAUCCAGCUCUGCCCCUGUGAGCCCCAAGAUGCCCACAGCCCACCAGCCAUCCCCUGCCCCCUCUGCCGCCACCUCACCCCCUUGGAGACCGGGAACGCCCUCUCUUUACCCAGCAACUCCCGUAUUUUGUCCAGGUUGCCCCCUGUGACCUUCCGCCUGCCCGUGGCCAUGGCAGCUCGCAUGGCCAUGGUCACCCAGAGGGUGGUGCUCUCCCUGGAGGGCGACAGCAGAGACGCCCGCUUCAUCAUCCUGCCCACCGUCAGCCUCAGGGUGCAGCAGAUGCACCCGGACACGCCUUACGGCACGGCACCAGGCCUGGUGGGGGAAGAGGAAGUCAUACAGCAGAGCAAGAAGACACUGUUCUGUGUGCAGCUGCUGGCUAUCAUCUUCUGGGUGCUGUUUGUGAUCACCUGUGUAGUCGGGGUGGUGUUUGGGCCACAUUUCUUAAACAGGCAACUUUAAAUUAUGUCCGUAUCUUCAUAGCAGAUAGCAGUUCAUCUAAAAAUCAUGACACUGUAAAUAGUAUCAGUCUGAACCUGUAAAUAGCCUUUAGAGAAAAUAAAACACAAAAUUGAUUAAUUAUAUUUCUAUGAACAUAUAUUUUCACUACAAUGGCGUUAUUCACCUUGUAGCCACUCAAAGUUUACACUUAUUUAAUAG